AGGAAAACCCGGCCACAGGCAGAAAUCCAUCAGGUGCUGCACGCGUCUUGUGAGCGUCUUUGGGGCGAUUCCCUCGCCUGCGUUCGGCAUUCGCGCCGGUCGUUAAAAUGCAGAGCAGAACGACGCUUUUAAUCAAUUUCAAACGGAGCGAUAGGGCACCCAUGAGUUUUGGUAAUCAAUUAAACCUGCGUCUGGAUGGGCCUGCGCCCCCACCUAUAAAGGUGGCUUUGCCCAGCGGCUUGCGGCUUGUUCCAUCGAAUGACACAUAUGCAACGCCUGACGUUGACAUGACGAUACGCAAAACGAUGGGAAUACUUUUGCUGUUGCUGGUCCACUUGGCGGCGGUUACAGCACAAGAACCACAAAACGAGCCACCAAAGGAAGUAGUGCCUGCAGCAGAGGAGCCUGCGGGAGAUGCAGCUGCAGCAGAAGCGCCUGCAGGAGAUGCUGCUGCAGCAGAAGCGCCUGCCGGAGAUGCGGCUGCAGCAGAAGCGCCUGCGGGAGAUGUGGCUGCAGCAGAGGCGCCUGCUGGAGAUGCGGCUGCAGCAGAAGCGCCUGCGGGAGAUGUGGCUGCAGCAGAGGCGCCUGCUGGAGAUGCGGCUGCAGCAGAGGGGCCUGCGGGAGAUGCGGCUGCAGCAGAGGCGCCUGCGGGAGAUGCGGCUGCAGCAGAGGCGCCUGCGGGAGAUGUGGCUGCAGCAGAGGCGCCUGCUGGAGAUGCGCCUGCAGCAGAGGCGCCUGAGGGAGAUGGAGCUACAGCAGAAGCGCCUGCGGGAGAUGCGGCUGCAGCAGAGGCGCCUGCGGGAGAUGCAGCUGCAGCAGAAGCGCCUGCAGGAGAUGCUGCUGCAGCAGAGGCGCCUGCCGGAGAUGCGGCUACAGCAGAGGCGCCUGCCGGAGAUGCGGCUACAGCAGAGGCGCCUGCUGGAGAUGCGGCUGCAGCAGAGGCGCCUGCCGGAGAUGCGGCUGCAGCAGAGGCGCCUGCCGGAGAUGCAGCUGAACUAGAAACGCCAGAGGGAGAUGAAUUUGAAGAAGAGGCGCCGGCGGGAGAUGAAUUUGAAGAGGCGCCAGCGGGAGAUGAAUUUGAAGAAGAGGCGCCGGCGGGAGAUGAAUUUGAAGAAGAGGCGCCGGCGGGAGAGGGACCUUCGGCGGCAGAGGAAGAGACCGGAACAGACGAUGCAACAGAUGACGAGGCAGGUGCCAACGGAAUGGACGAGGAGGUAGUGACGGAGUCUACGCCGCCGACCACAAUUGGUGCGCACGAUCCGAACACUCCAGGGACGAAUCCCAGUCCACCCACUGUACCCCCCACCACCACUGGCUUAAUGGAUCUGAUGACCUACUUACCGGAGUAUAAUAAUGGCGGGGAUCCGUAUGUGAGUCCGGGGCCCUCCCACAAGCCCGGCUCCCGUCACGUGAAGGCGCACGAUGGCUUCGACAGCUUGAAAACGGAAAAGUACUGGUCGCACUGGAACGAUCGCUUUACCACAGACAACGAUAUUCUUCAGUGAACGGACACCCGGAAUGCGGCGGCGCGAAGUUUAAAGAUUACUCAGCGCUCGGGUGCGGUGGCAUGACAAAUUAAAUUAGACAGACUCGUAUCGUAUCCGAAAUGAAGUGAACUGUGGUUGUUUUUCACUCGUAGACAACUGUCGUUGGGAACAGCA